AUUCGUCCUCUUAUUUAUUUUUAUAUUGUGGUUCGUUACGUGCAUGAAUAUUUUGCAUAUUUACUUCAGAGGGUUGUAGCUAAUGCUUCCUUAAAAAAAAAUAAAUGAGUUUUUUGUUUGAUUUAAUAAAAUCCUUUAUAACAAAAAUGUUGGAGAUAUUGUCAUUCGGGAGAAAAACCAUUACCAACACGUUGAAUAUAUAUGUCAAAACAAAUACUGGAAAGACGUUGUCAGUGAAUUUAGAGCCGCAGUGGGACAUAAAAAAUGUCAAAGAAAUUGUUGCUCCACAGAUGGGCUUACAGCCCGAAGAGGUUAAGAUUAUAUUCGCAGGGAAAGAGCUAAGCGAUGCUACAACUAUUAAGGAAUGCGAUCUGGGUCAACAAAGUAUCUUGCAUGCAAUACGUACACGACCAGUAAGAGAAAGGAAACGAUUGCAGUCCACUGUGGCUGAAGAAGAUCCUGAUGAGCAACCUUCCAAGCCUUUGUGCGAAACAUUGGUCGAUCUUCAAUUGCAAAGUGAAGAAAGGAGUAAUAUCAGUGAGAAAGAUCGCGAGCGUACAAAAGCUCACUUCUUUGUUCAUUGUUCUCAAUGUGGUAAGUUGUGCAAGGGAAAACUACGUGUUCGCUGUUCUUUGUGCAAAGGAGGGGCAUUUACGGUUCACCGUGAUCCAGAAUGUUGGGAUGACGUUUUAAAAACGCGGCGAAUUCGUGGGCAUUGCGAGUCAUUAGAAAUUGCAUGCGUUGAUAACCAAGAUGGCGAUCCUCCAUUUGCUGAAUUUUACUUUAAAUGUGCCGAACAUAUUUCUGGCGGGGAGAAGGAUUUUGCUGCGCCAUUGAAUUUAGUUAAAAACAAUAUCAAUGAUGUUCCUUGUUUGGCAUGCACGGAUGUAAGCGAAACUGUUUUAGUAUUUCCUUGUGCAUCGAAGCAUGUUACAUGCAUCGAAUGUUUUCUACACUAUAGUCGUUCACGUUUAAUGGAAAGGCAAUUCAUGCCUCAUCCUGAAAUUGGAUAUACAUUGCCUUGUCCCGCUGGCUGCGAAAAUUCUUUUAUAGAAGAAAUACACCAUUUCAAGUUGCUGACUCGAGAGGAAUACGAUCGAUAUCAGAGAUUUGCGACAGAAGAAUAUGUUCUGCAAGCCGGUGGUGUACUAUGCCCCCAACCGGGUUGUGGCAUGGGACUUUUAGUGGAAGCUGAUUGUAGAAAAGUAACAUGCCAAAAUGGUUGCGGGUACGUAUUUUGUCGAAAUUGUUUGCAAGGAUAUCAUUUGGGCGAAUGUUUACCGGAAAAUGAAUCAAGUAACCCCACUGGAAAUUGUGAAUAUACUGUUGACCCAAAUUUCGACCUUUUAUAGGGGAGGUACCAGAAGGAGUGGACCGAUAUUGCCCAUCCCCAAACUCGAUCUAAGCUUGGCAAUAAUAUUACGAUGUACCAAGUAUGGACCAAAUCGGAUACUCCCUUCGAGGGUUAUGGUGCCCACCAGCCAGGCGUACAGACGGACGGACAUCGCUUGAUCGACUCCAAAUAUCCUGAAACGGAUUUGGUCCAAAAAAACCUAGAACCUACAACCGUUAUUUCAAUGAGGCACGUUUUGGCCGUAUCAAUGAUAUUUAAUCUCUCUAGCCAUAUGGCUGAGGGAUACAUACUAACUUAAUGUAGGUUCGUCAAAACCAUAUAAGAGUUAGUCGUCAGUCGUCAACAGUGCAUUUGCGCUCUGUAAGGUAUUGAAUAAUAUCAUGAUGGAAUUCUAAAAGUGCGUGUCUAGUGUAAUUUUCCUCCUUGAAACCGAAAAUUUGAAUUAAUUUUUUUACCUUGUUUAACCGACGUAACGAACUCAUCUAUAAAAUGUUAAAUUUUUUGUGACGUAUUUUUCUUAGAGAAUAAUUGUACUU